GAUUGGAUACCCAGACGAGUAAACGUGCUUCAUGUUCCCUUCUUAAGGAGCUGCAUACAGCUGCAGGCCCGUCUACUGAUACGCCAUUGCGAAGGCUUUCACGUCAAGUUUAUAAUGGCUCAGCAACCGUGUCUUUCGUUGCCCGAGUAUCGAAAUGUAUCCACUGGCAAUCUAGUGGUCAAAGAGCCGCUGAAUUUCUGGGGUGGCGCGAGAGUUAAGUCCAAGGACACAAAGAACUCUGAACCGGUUUAUGAACCUGCAACUGGUCGGGUGCUGUGUGACAUGAUUCCCUGUGGGGAAGAGGAAGUAGACCAAGCCAUAAAGAGUGCACACUCUGCCUUCUUGAAAUGGAGUAAAUUGGCUGGGAUGGAGAGAGCUCGGAUCAUGCUGGAGGCUGCUCGUAUUAUUAGGGAGCGCAGAUCUGAAAUAGCACGACUGGAGGUGAUCAACAAUGGCAAAUGCAUCACUGAAGCUGAAGUAGAUAUUGAUGUGGCCUGGCAGUGUAUUGAGUACUUUGCUGGCAUUGCUCCAACACUAGCAGGCCAGCAUAUUCAGCUUCCUGGAGGCUCCUUUGCCUACACUCGUAGGGAGCCACUAGGUGUGUGUGUGGGAAUUGGAGCCUGGAAUUACCCUUUCCAAAUUGCUGCUUGGAAAUCAGCCCCUGCACUCGCCUGUGGUAAUGCCAUGGUUUUUAAACCCUCUCCCAUGACCCCAGUGACUGCAGUCAUUUUGGCUGAGAUCUAUAAGGAGGCUGGGGCACCAGAUGGGCUCUUUAAUGUGGUGCAGGGAGCCGCAGAGACUGGAACUCUGCUAUGCCACCACCCUAUGGUGGCCAAAGUGUCCUUCACUGGCAGUGUGCCAACUGGCAAGAAGGUAAUGGAGAUGUCUGCCAAAGGAGUGAAGCAGGUGACUCUGGAACUGGGUGGAAAGUCACCACUUAUCAUCUUUAAGGACUGUGAGCUGGAGAAUGCCAUCAAAGGAGCUCUCAUGGCCAACUUCCUUACCCAGGGAGAGGUGUGUUGCAAUGGGACACGGGUGUUUGUGCAGAGGGAGAUUAUGAAGCCAUUUGUAGAGGAGGUGGUGAAAAAGACCAAGGCCAUCUCUGUUGGGGAUCCUUUACUGGAGGGCACACGGAUGGGAGCCCUGAUCAGCAAGCCCCAUAUGGAGAAAGUGCUGGGCUUUAUUAACCAAGCGAAACAACAGGGAGCCAAGGUGCUGUGUGGUGGAGAGCCAUAUGUUCCCAGUAAUCCCAAACUGAAAGGAGGUUAUUUCUUGUCCCCUUGUGUGCUAGAUAACUGCAGGGAUGACAUGACUUGUGUGAAGGAGGAGAUCUUUGGACCUGUGAUGUCUGUUUUGCCAUUUGACACAGAAGAGGAAGUUGUGCAAAGGGCUAACAACACCACCUUCGGCCUGGCCUCUGGAGUCUUCACCAGGGAUAUAGCUCGGGCCCACAGAGUGGCUGAAAACCUUCAAGCAGGAACCUGCUUUAUCAACAACUACAAUGUCAGUCCAGUGGAAGUCCCAUUUGGAGGCUACAAGAUGUCAGGUUUUGGCAGAGAGAAUGGCAUGGUGACCAUUGAGUACUAUUCUCAGCUGAAAACCGUUGUGGUGGAAAUGGGAGAUGUGGAGUGCCACUUUUAAAGGAUUACAAAUGAGCCAUAGAAUUUCACAAGCCCGUGACAAUGUGGCUUCCAAGCUUCAGUAAAGCUGUGAUUUCUAGUUUUUGUACUUUUGUACAGUAUUUUAAACCUCUAAAGGUUCCUGUUUGGAGCACCUUUUGAAAUGGUUUUGAUCUAUAGCCAGACAAAAUGCAUCAAUACCAAGUGCCUAAUAGCCAUAGAUCAUACAACUUGCAGUUAUACUCUGCAGCAAAACCAAUUUUUCCAUACACUUCACCUAAACAAUUUGCAAUUUGUCAAUGUGGAAAAUAAAGUAACAUUUUCUACACAAA